UCUGUUGGUUGGGGGAGUUGGGGCUUAGCUGGAUAUGUGCACAUGGCUGUCCUUGGCAUGGCAACUAAUGCGAUCGGUUUAUUUCCGCACACAUGGCUCUGUUGGCUUCCUGCCUCACUGCCUCCCACUGUCUGGCUAUGGCAACGGCACUGGCUCUGGCUGCUUUUAGCACGUUACGUAUAUACCUCAUAUGCGGCCGCCUAAGCGCAUGCAUUUGGCAGGGAUAUGCCAGCACCUGCAUGCCAAGCAGCUACAGGAAAAGCGGCAGCAACAGCCAUGGCCGCAGGAACAACAGUCAGAGCAGGUCCAGGAGCCAGGCAGUGCCACGGAAAGAUAUUUCCCAACCCGUCUGGCAAAAGGUUACAAAACAUCUCAGCCUCGUAAGCCGCCGCUACCAUGGCCGCACAUCAUCGAUGCUGGCUCGGGGAAGUAGCCGGGAACAGGCCAGCUCUAAGACCAGGCUGCCAUGCCAGGUGCCAGGUGCCAGGUGACUUGGCUCCUACUAAAUUGUUUGUUAUGCAAAAGCGUUUGUUGGGCUUAUGGCGAUGUCAUCGCCGGCACCCUUCCGCCCUGCUCAGCCUGCUCACACAUGACUGAGCCAAUCCAAUCCGAGCAUCCGUGCGGUGAUUGCGUCUGAGUCUGGCACUUUCCCCACAUAUUGCCAGACAAUUAUCCAGGAUAUCUUCCGGGAGGAGGCUGAUGGGGUUUCUGAGUGCUGCAUCCACUUUAAUUCGGUCUUGGAUUUUUCACUUG